AUGCUCAAGCGUAAGGGUGGGUGGGUGUGUAUGACAUGUGGCAGUUUCUGUGUGGCACGUUGCUUGGAACGUAUCUCGGAACCUACUACAAUUUCCGACCCUACAUGGAGGUCCUGCGGCAGUUCUAUGAAAGACGCCUCGCAGAGUAUGCCGAGACCAGACCAAUCUCCAAACAGUGAUGCGUGGAAUCCUCACUGA